CUUUUUAGGGCUCAUGUAAUCAAAGAAGUUUCUUUGUUGUGUGUAACUUUUCAGAACACAACAGGAAUUGAAAAUGAAUCAGAACGCCACCGAGCCUGUCGCAGCUGCUGAGAGCCUGGCUGAGGUCCCUGAGCACGUGCUUCGAGGGCUUCCGGAGGAAGUGAGGCUUUUCCCAUCUGCCGUUGACAAGACUCGGAUUGGUGUCUGGGCCACUAAACCAAUUUUAAAAGGCAAAAAGUUUGGGCCAUUUGUUGGCGAUAAGAAAAAAAGAUCUCAGGUUAAGAAUAAUGUGUACAUGUGGGAGGUAUAUUACCCAAAUUUGGGAUGGAUGUGCAUUGAUGCCACCGAUCCAGAGAAGGGGAACUGGCUGCGAUAUGUGAAUUGGGCUUGCUCAGGAGAAGAGCAAAAUUUAUUUCCACUGGAAAUCAACAGGGCCAUUUACUAUAAAACGUUAAAGCCAAUCGCGCCGGGCGAGGAGCUCCUGGUCUGGUACAAUGGGGAAGACAACCCCGAGAUAGCAGCUGCGAUUGAGGAAGAGCGAGCCAGCGCCCGGAGCAAGCGGAGCUCCCCGAAAAGCAGGAAAGGGAAGAAAAAAUCCCAGGAAAGUAAAAACAAAGCAAACAAAGCUGAAGACAUACCUCUGAAGACAAGCGAGCCAGAUUCUGCUUCUGCAACUAUGAGAGAUUCUGCAGAAGGUCCCAAAGAAGAGGACGAGAAGCCUUCAGCCUCCGCAGCCGAGCAGACGGCCGUUCUUCAGGACGUGGUUCGUCAGGAUGUGCUUCCAGAACUCGUCUCCUCCACGGCCUACGAGCCACACGCAGAACCAGAUGAGAAGCCAGGACCCGAGAACUGUGAGGUGAACGAUUUGGAGGAAGAGGAGGAUGAGGAGGAAGAUGAAGAUGAUGAGCUAGAAGAAGAGGGGGAGGAAGAAGCUGACGCGCCAAACGAAAGUUCUGGGAAAGAGCCAGAAAUCCGAUGCGAUGAGAAGCCCGAAGAUUUAUUAGAGGAACCAAAACAUGUUUCAAGAGAGACUCCUGAAGGCUCGCCAGGGGUCACACCUGUCAGCAGAACUCCCAGAACGAAAGAGGAGGCCAACGGUGAUCUGUUUGAAACGUUUAUGUUUCCGUGUCAGCACUGCGAAAGGAAGUUUACCACCAAGCAGGGGCUCGAGCGCCACAUGCACAUCCACAUAUCCACGGUCAAUCACGCCUUCAAGUGCAAGUACUGCGGGAAAGCGUUCGGCACGCAGAUCAACCGGAGGCGGCACGAGCGGCGCCACGAGGCGGGGCUGAAGCGGAAGCCCAGCCUCACGCUCCCGCCGUCGGAAGACCCUGCCCAGGGCAGAGCGCCUGCAGACGGCCUUGCUCCAAAAGACGACCCGACUCCUCCCAGUGUGGGGCAGGACUCUCUGCUCCUGCGGUCGGAGAAGGCGCCCCGAGAAAACGUCAGUCCAUCCGUUGCUGAGGAGAACGGGGACGUUAAGGAGCUUCAUCCGUGCGAGUACUGCAAGAAGGUUUUCGGGACGCACACGAACAUGAGACGGCACCAGCGCCGAGUGCACGAGCGCCACCUGAUCCCCAAGGGCGUGCGGCGGAAAGGGGGCCUCCUGGAGGAGCCGCACCCUCCCGCAGAGCAGGCCCCGCCCGCCCCGAGCGUCUACGUGCCCAGCACGGAGCCCGAGGAGGACGGGGAGGCCGACGACGUGUACAUCAUGGACAUCUCCAGCAACAUCUCCGAGAACCUGAACUUCUACAUCGACGGCAAAAUUCAGACCAGCAGCAGCACGAGUAACUGUGAUGUGAUUGAGAUGGAGUCCGGGUCGGCCGACUUGUACGGUAUCAAUUGUCUGCUUACUCCGGUCACGGUGGAGAUCACGCAGAGCGUAAAGGCGCCACAGGCCCCCGUAACCGACGAUCUUCCUAAAGAGCCUUCCAGCAGCACAAACAGUGAGUCCAAGAAGCGGAGAACAGCGAGUCCUCCCGCGCUCCCUAAAAUCAAAGCCGAGACGGAGUCUGAGCCCUCGGUGCCCUCGUGUUCCUUACUGCCUCUGAGCAUAUCCACUUCGGAGGCCGUGUCUUUCCACAAAGAGAAGAGUGUGUACCUGUCCUCAAAGCUCAAACAGCUGCUUCAAACCCAGGACAAGCUCACUCCUCCCGCGGGCAUCUCGGCGACAGAAAUACCCAAGUUAGGUCCUGUGUGCGUGUCUGCUCCUGCGUCGAUGCUGCCCGUGACCUCGAGUAGGUUUAAGCGGCGGACCAGCUCUCCCCCCAGUUCCCCCCAACACAGUCCUGCUCUCCGAGACUUUGGAAAGCAAAGCGAUGGCAAAGCGGCGUGGACCGAUGCCGUUCUGGGUUCCAAAAAACCCAAAUUAGAAAGUCACAGCAACUCACCAGUGUGGAGUCUGUCUGGGAGAGAGGAGCGGGAAACGGUGAGCCCACCGGGCUUCGAGGACUAUAAGGGGUCUAAGGAGUGGGUGGCCGCGCCUGCUUUCAGCAACGUGUGCAACCAGCAGCCGCUGGAUUUAUCCAGCGGCGUUAAGCAGAAGGCCGAGGGCACAGGCAAGGCCCCCGUCCAGUGGGAGUCUGUGUUAGAUCUCAGUGUGCAUAAGAAGCCUUGUAGUGACUCCGAAGGCAAGGAGCCGAAGGAGAACCAUCUGGGGCAGGCAGCCUGCAGCACCGCCAAGAGAAAGAAGCCCACCACCUGCAUGCUGCAGAAGGUUCUUCUCAACGAGUACAAUGGUGUUGAUUUACCUGUGGAGAACACCGCAGAUGUGGCGCAGAGCCCGAGUCCUUGUCAGGCCCUGGAUCCCCCUCCGGACCCUGGCCUUGGCCCUGAUGCUGGCUUCUCGGCCCCUGUGGUGGAGUCCCCACCUGAUGGCCCACCUUCCUCACCUGGCCCACAGACAGCUUCUCUCUCCGCCGGGCAGCUGCCUCCACUCUUGACUCCGACGCAUCCCUCUUCCCCCCCAGCCUGUCCUCCUGUGUUGACUGUUGCCACGCCACCCCCGCCGCUCCUUCCUACUGUCCCUCCUCCAGCCCCCUCUUCCGGGGCAUCUCCCCAUCCGUGUCCCUCUCCGCUCUUGAAUGCUACCCUGCAGUCACCACUUCCCAUUCUGUCCCCUACAGUGUCUCCCUCACCAUCUCCCAUCCCUUCCGUGGAGCCGCUCACGUCUGCUGCUUCGCCUGGACCCCCGACCCUUUCCUCGUCUUCCUCGUCCUCUUCCUCGUCUUCAUUCUCCUCCUCAUCCUCCUCCUCUUCCCCCUCGCCACCACCGCUCUCGGCAGUAUCAUCCGUUGUUUCCUCGGGGGAUAAUCUGGAAGCUUCCCUCCCCAUGAUAACUUUCAAGCAGGAGGAACUAGAGAAUGAAGAUCUGAAGCCCAGGGAGGAGCCCCCGUCUGCGGCUGACCAGGAGAUUGUUCAGGAAACGUUCAACAAAAACUUUGUCUGCAAUGUCUGUGAAUCACCUUUUCUUUCCAUUAAAGAUCUGACCAAACAUUUGUCUGUCCACGCGGAAGAAUGGCCCUUCAAAUGUGAAUUUUGCGUGCAGCUCUUUAAGGCUAAAACUGAUCUGUCAGAACAUCGCUUUUUGCUUCAUGGAGUGGGGAAUAUCUUUGUGUGUUCAGUUUGUAAAAAAGAGUUUGCUUUUUUGUGCAAUUUGCAGCAGCACCAGCGAGAUCUCCACCCGGAUAAGGUGUGCACACACCAUGAGUUUGAGAGCGGCACGCUGAGGCCCCAGAACUUCACAGACCCCAGCAAGGCCCACAUAGAGCAUAUGCAGAGCUUGCCGGAAGACCCUCUGGAAACCUCGAAAGAGGAAGAAGAAUUAAACGAUUCCUCCGAAGAGCUCUACACAACCAUAAAAAUAAUGGCUUCUGGAAUAAAGACAAAAGACCCAGACGUUCGACUGGGUCUCAAUCAGCAUUACCCAAGCUUUAAACCGCCUCCAUUUCAGUACCAUCACCGGAACCCCAUGGGGAUCGGCGUGACGGCCACGAAUUUCACCACGCACAACAUCCCGCAGACUUUCACCACUGCCAUUCGCUGCACCAAGUGUGGAAAGGGCGUUGACAACAUGCCGGAGUUACACAAACACAUCCUGGCGUGCGCCUCUGCUAGUGACAAGAAGAGGUACACCCCCAAGAAAAACCCCGUCCCCUUGAAGCAGACUGUACAGCCCAAGAACGGCGUGGUGGUUUUCGAUGGCUCGGGGAAGAGCGCCUUCCGGCGGAUGGGGCAGCCCAAGAGACUGAACUUCAGUGUCGAGCUCAGCAAGAUGUCCUCGAACAAGCUCAAGCUAAACGCACUGAAGAAAAAAAACCAGCUUGUCCAGAAAGCAAUCCUGCAAAAAAACAAAUCUGCGAAGCAGAAGGCCGACCUGAAGCCCGCCUCGGGGUGCUCCUCGCACGUCUGCCCGUACUGUCACAGGGAGUUCACGUACAUCGGGAGCCUGAACAAGCACGCCGCUUUCAGCUGCCCCAAAAAACCGCUCUCUCCUUCCAAAAAAAAAGCUGCCCAUUCAUCCAAGAAAGGCGGACACCCACCACCUGCAAGUGGUGACAAAAACAGCGGCCACCGCAGGCGGACCGCCGACGCCGAGAUCAAGAUGCAGAGCGUGCAGGCUCCCCUGGGCAGGACCAGGGCGCGCAGCUCCGGCCCGGCCCCCGUCCCGCUGCCCUCCUCAGCCUUCAGGUCCAAGCAGAAUGUCAGGUUCACGGCUUCGGUGAAGUCCAGAAAGCCAAGCUCCUCCUUAAGGAACUCGAGCCCGAUACGGAUGGCCAAAAUAACCCACGUAGAGGGGAAAAAACCCAAAGCCGUGGCCAAGAAUCACUCUGCUCAGCUCGCCAGCAAGACGUCCCGGAGCCUGCAUGUGAGGGUCCAGAAAAGCAAGGCCGUCUUACAGAGCAAAUCCGCUCUGGCCAGUAAGAAAAGAACAGACCGGUUCAAUGUAAAAUCUAGAGAACGGAGUGGGGGGCCGGUCACCCGGAGCCUCCAGCUGGCAGCUGCUGCCGAGCCGGGCGACAGCAGGCGGGAGGAUGGUGGCGGCAAGCAGGAGCUGAAGGACUUCAGUUACAGUCUCCGCCUGGCGUCCCGGUGUCCGCCACCCGCCGCCCCGUACAUCACCAGGCAGUGUAGGAAUGUCAAGGCAGCGGCUGCAACCCAGUUCCAGGGACCCCUCUGCAAAGACUAGACCCUUCGCCUGCUCCCUGACAGCACCUGAAGUGACCUGGAGUCAGUGAAGCCAAAGGGACUGGCUGGCCCUCUGCCCCGCAGGGAGUACCGACCUAUUCCAGUUUUACGAGCCUGCGAGAGAAAGGGAGUGUGUGCGUGUGUGCGUGCGUGCGUGUGCGUGUGCGUGUGCGGUCUUCAGACGAGGGUCCCGAGCCCCGGGGCGCAGGAAGGCAGCUGACGCCACAGCGUGGACGACACUUGUGCGCGCGCGCGGCUCCCGGGACCGUGUUCUGCAGCUCCGCCUUCCUGCCGGGGCGGGGCCUCUCCUACUAUGCAAUUUUUCUAGAGCUCCCUGAUCCUGCUUUUCCCUUCUCGGGUUGUCUUUUGCGGGGACUGCGGUCUGGCUCAGGAGUCAGCCCCAGGCCUGUCCGAGGAAGGCGUCCGGGAGGAGGCCGAGUGUCCCUUCGAACCACCCCACCUUCCCUCGCCUUCCAGCAUCUCUGGGAACCAAGUCUCGCCCAUCGACGCCCUCGGCCUGCCCACUUCAAAACCCCCCCUUCUCUGCCUGAGCUGCUGGCUUGAGUCAUUUUCCAGAUUCGAAAUUCUAGGCAGUCCCUUGGCAUCUGGGAGAGAAGUCCCCGUUCCCAUUUGCAGAUCCGGUUCCCCCCUCCCCCCCGACCUUGGGAGAGGCAGGGGAUGGGACAGCAUGUGGCCGGUCGGGGAGGUCUCCCGGGUGCUUCUGUGCCCCCUCAGCGGGACCAUCUACACGCUAGCGACUGACCUUCCCACAUGAGCUGAGAAGGGAAGCCAGCAAAAAUCAGGAGAGGAAACGAAGUGGGAGGAUUAAGAAGCACAGGGGAAGACGAAGAGGUGUCUAGAGGCCACCAGUCGCCUGCCGGGGAGUGAUGACGCUGGACCCUGCUUCCUGCAGGGACGGCCGGUGUCUCGGAGAAACGGGUGAGCUGAGCUAGGAGUUUGGACCCAGUUCAGUGAGGGUCUUGGGUUUUGUGCCUUUGGGGCAGACCCCAGACACGGAGGUCUGAGACCACUUUGGCGCUGUUUGUUUCAGCUGUGUUUUCAGAAGUGAAGUACAAACCCACGGUGGAAGGAGAGAAGUGGGAGAACAUGAGUGGUCACACACAAAAAGGGACUUUUGUUUUUCAGGGCUACUAUGGUUGAUCUUGCAACUCUGUAAAUAUGUACGUAGACACUUUUAAAAGCACGUAUUUAUGUCCCUGACUGUAAAUGCCCCCCUUUUUAAAGUUUUAUAACUUGUGUUAUUUAAUUAAUCAGUCGACUGGCUGCAGUGUAGGGUCUGAUGAGGUCUCAUGAGAUCCUCACAUGGACAGAGAAGCGCUGAUCGCUGGCCUACAUCACGGUUUUCCAUUUGCCACCCAGCUACGCACCGUCGUUUGUUUUUAAAUUUCCGUAAGCGGGAAGCCCGUGGCCCACUCCUAAAAUGAACCCUCACAAGCAUGAAAGGUUGUGGCUGUUCCUGAUCCCCACGAUACAAUUUUGUCCCAUCGAUGUUGACACUCGUGAACGGUACCCCAGCUUCUCCGUUCUCAAGGGCUCCCCCUUUAGGCAGCAAGGAAGGCUCACGAACCCAAAGCUUCGAAAGAAAGUCCCCUUCAGCCAAUGGUGGAUUCCAGAAGUGCCGCUGGGGCCCCCGGGGGGCCGCUCACUGUGCAUGUGCAGACGUGCCGGUGGGUUUUCGGCCCUCUCAGACCAGGGCACAGGAGAGUCCCGGCCGUGACGAUGGGGGUGGUCGUCGGAAGAGUGGUGUCUGCUGGUCCGCGGUGGUUUGGGGGCGUGGGUUUGCGUCGCGGAAGAGGACGGCUCUGUGUCUGCCAUGUGAAGAAAAGUAACAAUAAAAGUGUGAAGCGCAAUUGUAAGGACCGUG